UUAUGGGGACCAUCACAACAAAGAGGAAUAUAGCCGUGUUCUAUUAGCAACGAAGUAUUUAUUCAAUGUUGAUAUUCCCUGGAAAGUAAAAAUGGAAUACGACGCUCAAGUGUUUCGUUUUGAUGUGUCCACACUCAAAGACGCAAAUGAAAUAUCGAAUACUGAUGAAAUGCCACAUGAUCUUUACGAGUUGGAUACAAUAGUUUGUUGUACUGUUAUUGCCGUUUGCAUGACAGAAAGAGCUCCAAUGGAUUUCAAGGAAAAAUAUGCCAAUCCUAUUUGCAUGUAUCUUCUAAAAAGUGGGAAAUGGAAAAUUCCGAAGGACUGCAUCAAACACUUUUUUAGUCAUCGGUCCAUUGAAUAUAUUUUUGAAAAGAACAUGACAGAGGACUUCAAAAAUGGUCUUUGGGAAGAUUUAAAAGAAGCAACUAACGAUGUAUAUGAGCCACCUGUUUGGAACGGUAAAGAGCUUGAAACCUCAAUUUCUGGGCUGUUUGGACUCAUCUUUCUGGCUUUGUUAAAAGAAAAAUUCUACGCCGGCGCAAAGCAAUUCAUUGAAACAGGAUGUGUGCGUAUUCACUUCAUUCUUGUUGGCUGUGUCAUUCUACAAGAAGCAGUGGACGACUGGAGAACAAGUGAAGCGGAUAAAGAGAAAUUCGAACUGAUGAUAAAAAAGUAUACACAUCAAGCUCUGCGAAUAAUCAGCUGUGUACAUGAAGAAGACAAACAAAGAAAUGCAAAAACACAACAACAGGAAAAUAAAUCGAAAGAAAUCACUAAAGAGGAGCAAAAAAAUUGGGGCGAAAACAUUCAACAUUCUGGAAGACUUCUCCUCAACCAUGGUUAUCUAACUGGUGGCAUUCAAACAGAGAACAGAACUUUUCUUGACAAUGAAGUUGUGAAAAACAUUCUAAACGAAAUGUGGUACGGUGUUGAAAAGGUUACCAAAUAUAAAGUACUGUGUUUUGUGCUAUUGGCAAUUCUUCAUGUCAUUCUACUACCAUUGCUGAUGAUAACACUAGAAAACAAGCCUCUAGAAUGGUUGUACAGACAAUAUAAAAUUCCAUUCAUGAAGGUUUUCCUGAACGUGAUGAGUCUUUUCGCUCUCCUAACAGGAUAUGCUUAUAUGCUUCUGUUUGACUUUGAUAAAGGGAUAUCUAACUCAGACAUUUUUGUUAUUGCCUGGAUGACUAGCUUUUUCAUUGAAGAAACAAAGCAGGUCUUCGUGGCGGCUAUAAGGAGAAAGAAGAAACAGUAUAUUACGGACCCAUGGAACAUUCUGGACUGGUUGUCUUUGACUACGUAUACAUGUGGCAUGCUUAUGAAACUUAACGAUAUGUACGACUACUUUACUGCAUCUAAAGUUCUGCUGGUUGCGGCUUUCAUCAUGUUGAGUAUACGGAUCCUUCAUAUGUUUUCCAUGUCCGAGUUGUUGGGUCCUACAUUAGUCAUUAUCCAAAAAAUGUUUAAGGACACAAUUGCUUUUAUGGCAAUCAUGUUUAUAAUCUCCAUGUGCUAUAAUAUCUCCUACUACGCCAUACUAUAUUCUGAAAACUCGGAAUUUACUUUUGAGGAACUGGAGAAAAUAACGAGAAACGGAUACUGGAUGUUAUUCGGAGAGCUGAAUUUGGAAGGAGAUAGAUUGACGGAACCUGAUUGUACAUUCAACGAAACUGAAUAUAGAGAUGGGUCACAAGAAAGGUGUCCUUCAUCACUAGGGAGGUUUUUGGCCCCCUAUCUAAAAGCUGUUUAUGUUCUCACGGCAGUCAUAUUACUUUUAAAUUUGCUGAUCGCCAUGUACAGUAAUACAUUUGCUAAAGUUCAAGAGAAGUCAAAGUUCUACUGGUCCCAACUCCAAACUGAUUUUUUGGAAGAGUUCAGUCUGAAAAGCAUUUUUCCUGUUCACAUGCAAUUAUUAGCGAUCCCCUUCUUUGUCAUCCACGCCGUUGUUUGGAUGGUUACUUCCAUACGUCGGUGCUGUAAUUCUUCAGUUCAUGCUAAAGACGAAAAAUCUAAUAUUCAACAUGCUCAAUAUACACAUGAAGAUGAUAUCAAAAAAAUGAAAAGAAUUCCCAUGUUUGUACAAGGAUUUAUAUAUGACAGUAACUACGAUUUAAAACUAAAGGAAACACGUGAAGCCGAGGGCCAGGCCGCCUUAAUCACUAAGGGGGAAAUGGAUAUAAACGAAGAAAAUAAGUUUAAGGAAAUGAAUAGAAACUUAAUGAGACAUCGCAGAAAAAUAGAAAAGAGCAUGAUAGAAAACUUUCAAAAGAUGGAGUCGAACCUUCUGACAAAACUGAGAACAGAUUCUAACAGAAGAUCAAAAUCUGAAUUGAGCCCUCAUCCUUCUUUCAUGAGAUAUCGCAGACAAUCAUCCAUCAAAUCCAGAAUAUCUUCGCAUAUAUCUGAUUUAGAAAGUGACUCAGACACAUAGAAAUGUAGACUUUUGCCAAAACAUUCACUCCAAAAGAGAUCAAAUUGAAAAAAGAAUGGAGGGCCUCUAGUUUACUUUUUAAUUUUCUUAAUUCUUUACAGAAAUUGAUAUAUUGUUUUAAUUUAUUUAUAAACGGGUUUUAUGAACCUGAAUCACAAUUCACAUGAUUAUUGCUCAGGAAAUUGUGUGUUAAUUACAUUAGAGGUUCUCAGAGAAAAAAAAACGAUGAUUGAAUUAACAAUCAGAUUUGAUAAUUGUGUGAAUAUAAGAAGUGUUCGUAUAUUAACAAUAGUUAGCGUGACUUUUCAUUCUAUGCUUGACCAAUAAAUUUGAGGUGUCGUCAACGUCGGGACUUAAAAACAAUAUAUCUCUUUGUACCCAAGAGACAAGAGAGAGAAAGAGAGUUACAGUCUAGCUCAUUUUCUCAUAAAUACUCCUGUCAAAUAUGACUCUUCUCAUAUUUUGUACAUGUACAUUUUGUAUCUUCUUACAUGUAAAUCUAAAAUUAUUUCUAUGAUGAAACAGAUCGAUAAAUAGAAGCUUACAUUACAGUUCUGUGAACAAAGCAUUUACGAUGUAUUGUAAACUUUUGAUAUUCAACUUCAACGAAGUAAUAGUUGUCAUUUUUUAUUACUAUCACAUUAUUUCUUUUCAGUCCUUAU